CCGGUAAAUUUGCGGCCCGUCGGCCAACUAACGAUUGAGUCCCCAGUCUCGUCCACGGCAAGGAAACCAACCACGACAUGCUCUGCGCUCCGCCGCAAACGCUGCGCCCAACAACACGGCGGCCGCUCCCUCCGCGAUGCUCCGGCGCCAGCGCGCCUUCGCCGUCGCCCUCCUCGGGCGCCAGCGGCGGCAUCCGGCGGCUCGUGCUCAACCCGGAGGGCCGCGCGAAGCUGGACGCGCGCCCCGACCGCGACUUCUACGCCUUCCCGCGCCUCGUCAAGCACGUGGACGACGGCUUCCUCGCCGCGCUCACUGACCUCUACCGGGAGCGGCUGCGCCCGGACACGGACGUGCUGGACCUCAUGAGCUCCUGGGUCAGCCACCUGCCCCCCGAGCUCUCGUUCCGGCGGGUCGUCGGCCACGGGCUCAACGCGCAGGAGCUCGCCAAGAACCCGCGCCUCGACUACUUCUUCGUCAGCGACCUCAACCGGGACCAGCGGCUGGAGCUCGAGAGCGGCUCCUUCGACGCCGUGCUCUGCACCGUCAGCGUCCAGUACCUGCAGUCGCCUGAAAAGGUUUUUGCGGAGAUCUACAGGGUGCUGAAGCCGGGGGGAGUGUGCAUCGUGAGCUUCAGCAACCGGAUGUUCUACGAGAAGGCGAUCGGGGCGUGGCGGGAGGGGUCAGCCUACAGCCGCGUGCAGCUCGUGACGCAGUACUUCCAGUGCGUCGAAGGGUUCACGCAGCCGGAGGUGGUCAGGAGGCUGCCCUCGGACGCUGGCGGGAAGGCCGACUCGUCGCCGCUCGCCGCGCUGAUGAGGCUGUUCGGACAGGCGAGCUCCGACCCGUUUUACGCCGUCAUCUCCUACAGAAACUUGAAGCCCAUGUGAGAUCUUAUUCGGUUCGCGAUGCAGUAAUAAUGUCUCAAUGUGCCUAGCCUGGCGGUUUACAUGUAGUGCCGACAUUGGGACUCUGUAAUGUGUACGGUGUCGUGUGUGUUACGACAAAAUUAUAGUGCUACCUGAAUUCCUGAAGACCAUUUCCAGAAGUGGCUUUUUUCCCCGCACGCUACAUA